CCUCCCAGACCCCGCCGACCCCGGGUGGGUCCCUGGGCUCGGUGCUGCUGCCCGCCGCCGGCUUCUCCUGAUGCCCGGGAGGCGGCCGCGGCGGCGGGGGUGCUCUACGGAGCGGACGAUGCCCAGGGCAUGAUGGCGGCGAUGCUGUCCCACGCCUACGGGCCCGGCGGCUGCGGGGCGGCGGCGGCCGCGCUCAACGGGGGGCAGGCGGCCCUGCUCCGGAGGAAGAGCGUCAACACCACCGAGUGCGUCCCGGUGCCCAGCUCCGAGCACGUCGCCGAGAUCGUGGGGCGCCAGGGUUGUAAAAUUAAAGCGCUGAGGGCCAAGACAAACACUUACAUCAAGACCCCUGUUCGCGGUGAAGAGCCCAUUUUUGUCGUCACAGGGCGGAAGGAAGACGUGGCCAUGGCGAAAAGAGAAAUCCUUUCAGCUGCGGAGCACUUCUCCAUGAUUCGUGCAUCUCGAAACAAAAACAGCCCGGCCCUGGGAGGGUUGUCGUGUAGCCCCAAUCUGCCCGGUCAGACCACUGUUCAAGUCAGGGUCCCCUAUCGCGUGGUCGGCCUCGUGGUUGGACCCAAAGGAGCAACUAUUAAAAGAAUCCAGCAGCAGACCCACACGUACAUCGUGACUCCAAGCAGAGAUAAGGAGCCUGUCUUUGAAGUGACAGGGAUGCCCGAAAACGUUGACAGAACACGCGAGGAAAUAGAAAUGCAUAUUGCCAUGCGUACAGGAAACGAUAUUGAACUCAAUGAGGAGAAUGAUUUUCAUUACAAUGGUACCGACGUGAGCUUUGAAGGUAGCACUCUCGGCUCGGCGUGGCUCUCUUCCAAUUCAGUUCUUACGAGCCGUGCGAGAAUGAUCUCCAAUUAUAGAAAUGAUAGCUCCAGUUCCCUAGGAAGUGGUUCUACAGACUCCUACUUCGGAAGCAAUAGGCUGGCUGACUUUAGUCCAACGAGCCCAUUUAGCACCGGCAACUUCUGGUUUGGAGAUACGCUUCCGUCAGUGGGCUCAGAAGAUCUUGCCGUUGACUCUCCAGCCUUUGACUCUUUACCAACAUCCGCUCAAACUAUCUGGACUCCAUUUGAACCAGUGAACACACUCUCGAGCUUUGGGAGUGAUCCUUCUGGUAACAUGAAGACUCAGCGCAGAGGAAGCCAGCCAUCUGCUCCUUGUCUGUCUUCUACGUUUCCCGAGAGCAUGGAACACCCACUUGCUCGGAGGGUUAGGAGCGACCCACCUAGUACAGGCAACCAUGUCGGCCUUCCAACAUACAUCCCUGCUUUUUCUAAUAGUAUCAAUAGUUACUCCUCUUCCAAUGGUGGUUCCACCUCCAGCUCACCUCCAGAAUCAAGAAGAAAGCACGACUGUGUGAUUUGCUUUGAGAAUGAAGUCAUUGCUGCCCUAGUUCCAUGUGGCCACAACCUCUUCUGCAUGGAAUGUGCCAACAAGAUCUGUGAAAAGAGAACGCCAUCAUGUCCAGUUUGCCAGACAGCUGUUACUCAGGCAAUCCAAAUUCACUCUUAACUAUAUAUAUAUACAUAAAUACUAUAUCUCUAUAUGGACUCGUAAAGGCAUGGGUAUAAUGGUACCCCCCAGUAAACUUCCUAAUGAAUUCUUAUGACUGUUAUCAGGCUUUAUUGGGAUUAGGCUAAAGUUGUUAGUAAACUUAUAAAAGGCUGCUAUGGUGACACUAAACCUAAGUGGUCUCUUGUCUAUUGGUUUGGUUUGAAUUCUUAAUGCUACCCUGUAGACCUAGAGACAUAGCUUGUAUAAGAUUUGCUAAAGCUGAAGUUCAGCUAGGCUGAGUGAAGAGAAUUGUAGGUUAUGUGAGCCUAUGAGAAAAGUAUGUACUUUUUUAAGUUUUCUAAACGAUGGGUCCCAAAGCCUAACCACAUUAAAAGUUUAUGGUGGGUACUUGGCAUUACAGAUGAAUCAGACACUUCCAGUGCUGCCUUCUUUACACUGCCAGUUUUGACAAAAUAGGUUUGUUUGUUUUUUUAUUUUACAACAACUUAUGCCUAAUUCUGCAGGAUUACAAGUGACUUUUCAAUGCAUUGUGAUUACUUACUGGUAAGAAAUAGGGCCGAUGGCAGGUAACUAGAUCACUGGUUAAAAUUUGGGACAAAACCUGCUACAUUGACCUUCAUCUCGCCCAGAAUGCUCAGAGCUGGUGUGAUCAGUGAAUCAGGAAUGCACUUGACUUGAAAGUGACUUCCACCCCAUUGCCUCUCGCAAGGCAUGUGGGAAUGGCCCCUGGGUCUCCUCAUUUCGCAGAGGCCUUGGGACACACCUUGUGGCUAAUAGUUGAGAAUGCGAACGUUCCAUUCAUUAGUCUGAUCAAGCUAUUAAUUUUUAGACUAGAUCAAAAUGUGAAACAUUUUCUGUUCAAUCCAUAUUUGUCUUGCACAUUAUAAAUAUAUUUUUCUUUU